GCGAGGGCGUCGAGGCGAGGGCGGUGCGGCGGCGCGGGAGGUAGGCCCGUGGAGCCCGCCGCCGCCGCCGUGGCCGCCGGGGGGCCAUGAGGGAGUACAAGGUGGUGGUGCUGGGCAGCGGCGGGGUGGGCAAGUCGGCGCUGACGGUGCAGUUCGUGACGGGCACCUUCAUCGAGAAGUACGACCCCACCAUCGAGGACUUCUACCGCAAGGAGAUCGAGGUGGACUGCUCGCCCUCCGUGCUGGAGAUCCUGGACACGGCCGGCACCGAGCAGUUCGCCUCCAUGCGCGACCUCUACAUCAAGAACGGCCAGGGCUUCAUCCUGGUCUACAGCCUGGUCAACCAGCAGUCCUUCCAGGACAUCAAGCCGAUGAGGGACCAAAUAGUCCGUGUGAAGCGAUACGAAAAGGUUCCUCUCAUCCUGGUGGGGAAUAAAGUUGACCUGGAAUCGGAGAGGGAGGUUUUGUCAGCGGAAGGCCGAGCUCUGGCCCAGGAGUGGGGCUGCCCCUUCAUGGAGACCUCUGCCAAGAGCAAGACCAUGGUGGAUGAACUCUUUGCCGAGAUUGUGCGACAAAUGAACUAUGCAUCCCUGCCUGAAAAGCAAGAGCAGUGUUGUACAACUUGUGUUGUCCAGUGAGGGAGAAAGCAAACUCUCCAUCAUGGCCAUGCAGAGCAGAUAAAACUCAGAGGAAAUUUGCACAGAUGCUGCAUUGGAGAACUCUUUUUAAGCCCAGGUUGCAGAACUGAGCCUUGCUUAACCUGGUCUCAGUCUUCAGCGCACGUUUUCCAGGCAUCGGGUGUGAAACAGGCAAGGGAGGAGCAGCCGGGGGGGGAGGCAUGGGCCUGCUACAAACACUUAGCAUGUUUACCAUUUGAUUUGGGAAUCUGUUCUUGAUCUCUUGGGUGUUUUUUUUUUAAUAGCUUUCUAAGUUCCUAUUAAUGGCUAAUAUGCAAAAAGUUCAUUUUAAACUAUUUUAUUUCUUUAAUUGAUUUCUAAAUCUUGUAUUUAUUAAACUUUAAACUCAGUAUUACCUACUCAAUGCCUUUUUAAGAGAAAAAAAAAAUUAAUGGAGAAUAAAAGUGAGCCUUAAACACAAAUGGUUAUUUCUGUCUAUUACCUCACAUCCGUGCUUGAUUUGCAAAAGAGAGAGAGAGAGAAAGAAAGAGUGAAAACAAGAUUUCUUCUCCUCUAAAAUGUCAUUGAUUGGAACUUUGAAACAUUCUGUUUACAUGUGACGGUGUCCUAGAAGGAUGUUUAAGAAUUGCCUGAUGCGGGAGGACAUGGCAGCCCUUUUCUCAGCAGCUGUGGGGGCAUGGGGUUGGCCUGAUGGAAAAGCUUUUUCGGUGGGGACUGGAGACAUCCAGCAAUUUGUAUGUGUGUUCUCUGUUGUUAUAUGGUAUUUGGAUUUGGGGGGGUUUUUUUUGAAAGAAAAGGCUGUGUUGAAAAUCACUCGUUCAUCUGCUUUAUUACAUUCAUCUUCCAAAUGCUGAAAAACCUUUUCUUGGAAAAGGGACCGUGUGUCUUCUUAGAUUGUGUUCCAAAGCAAACCUGAACUUGAGAUUCCCCGAUAGGAUUUAAGGUGACUUUGGCAAAGAAAAAAAAAUUGACUUUAUUGUUUAACUAUUGUUUCUGUCCAAAAAUGUUGACGCAAUAGAUGAUGAGUUGGCUUGGUUUGGGGCUCUAUCACUUGCUUUGUCAGUUUCUGUUGGAUGCGGCCUUGGUUGUUGAACAGGCCAAGAGAGAAAGCAACAGGAGCCUUGGUUGAACAGGCCUUCCAUGGCCCCGUAUCUCCCCCAAACAGCAAUUUAACUAAUUGUGGUCUUCGAAGAGCAACACAGAUUUUGAGCAGAAGAAAGAGAGCAUUAGUGGAAGUGGUAGCACCACAACUGUUGUAGACCUUUUCCUGGCACUGAUGUGUCUUUUCUCCACUCCAGGCAGGGAAUGAACCUGCACCAGGUUUAAAAGCCCACCUGAAGUCCGUUGACCGUACAUCUAAUAAAUGUUGAAUUCCGUAGCAGCCCAAAACUUUUUAAGUGUUGACCAAAUUUCAUCCUUAAAUCUAUCUGGUUGGCACUGGCAUGCUGGGCCUUUAACCCGAGCCUUCCCAGAGUUUUGAUCUCUCCAUUCAAAAUUUGCAGCGAAGUAAAAGGUUAGGCUUGCACUUUAAUAGAAAUCUCCAAGCGUAAAAAAAAACCCCGUUUUUGCAGUGCUCUUUAUACUGGCCAAGUAUCAGACGUGCCAAGGGAAUGCAGAAUUCACACAGUGACUGUACCUUAUUUCUUCAGUGGUAGACACAUUGCGUUAACUUCUAAACUUUUCUGUUGGUUGACCUUUGUUUUUGUUU